UACGAAUGCAUUGUUCUUGCACGUAUACGAUCUUUGUACAUACAGUUUAAGGGUUUCUUUAACAUCCAAAGUUCAUUUCACAUUGACACUGUUCUGUACAAUUUAAUAAAAGGCAAGUAUUUUGAUUGUAUUACAUAGCAUCAGGAAUGUAAAGAUUUAUUUUAGUAUGACUCACGUUUUUAUUUGCAGUUACUUAUCUCUGUAUACUUAAUUUAUUCUGUGCCCGUGGAAUAGCAUACAAUUGAUUGUUGAAAAUCCUGACUCCAUACCUAAAGUCUAAAAAAAUCAAAAUUAACAAAAUAUGAUCAUUUUACUUCUAAAUAUAAAUUCGAAAUCUUUAUCAGCGGUUAAUGGAAACGAGAAUGACUCCCGUUGAGGUGUCUAUAUGACCUGGUAUGGCUAAAGAUUCUUUGAGCUACGACUCUUCCAAUACUUCGGGCCCACGAAAAAUUAUUAGAUUAUUGAAAUUGGUAAGAUAAAUGUAAUUUUUUCCAGUAGUAUACAUUUAAAAAUAUCUAUUUUGUUCAACGUGUAUUUCCCUAAUAAUUCCACGGAUUAAUUUACAUGGGAUUAAUUUUAAAAAUUAAAGAGCGAAUUCAUAGAAAAUGAUGAGUUAACCGUAGCAAUUGAUUUCCCCGAUGCAUCUUUUGUUCAUUCUUUGUUUCAUUUCAUAACAUUGUAGGAAAUUAGAUUUUCAGAACGGAGUCUCGGCGACAGUGUGUUUAUUUCUGUGAAAGAAAAACAGUUGAGUUCAGCUUCACAGCCUUUCUCGUUGCAUACAUAACAUUUUACACACACGGUUCACUUCUGCAUUACCUGUUUUUUUAUACGAUAUACAGUUGUAUGUCUGUAUUCCAGUAGGAAUGAAAGCUCUGUGGAUUUGUGGUUCUUGGAUGAAGCAAGAAAUUCCUACUGAGUUUAUAGUGCUCACUUUUGUUUACUCUGUAGAACAGGAAAGGGUCGCGUUGUGUGGAACUUUGUUUUCAGAAUGAGCAAAGGCUGUUUCUGCCUAGUCAUAAAUAGCACCCUAAUCGUGCAUUAGAGAAAAGGAUUAACGAAAAAAUAAGACCAUUCAUGCCAUUUUUUUUGCUGCAACUUAAACUGUUAGAGUAAUCUUUUAUUUAAAAAAAAAGGCUAAUGGAAAAAAUAUUUAUUUAAUUGUUAUUGUGGACUGCUUUUAGGAAAUUCAUAACGAAUUGUUUCUGUGGUAUAAUUAUUCAGUCUGAAUAUUUAAAAUACUGAGUUCCAGGUACACUAUACCAAGACUUUUCGACCAUUCGCAAAAACAAAUAUUUCAGAAGAUACAGUUUUAUAAUAAUAAAAUAAUACUCAAUAACAAUAAUAAUAAUAAUAAUAAUUAGAAGAAGAAGAAUAGGUGUGUUUUGUUAGUACUGCUGUGACAUAGGCACCUGCUCCGUUGUAUGAAUUAGUAAGAAAUUAUUUGUACAUUUUCUCGACAAGCUAUCAGUAUUGUAACAACAAAACAAAUAAAAUAAUAUAGGGAAGAGUCUUGUGUGUGUUCUGCAUAAUGCACAGAAGACCAUUCUUUAUACAAAAAAUAUUGACUGCUGAUGCCUAACAAUCAAACAUAGUUUGCAGACAAUUUUUAAAAAUAGUGGAUUGUGUAUAAUGCGCAACUUUUAUAAGAAUGAACAUAAUGUUUUCUUAUUUUAUAAUGGAGUAAAAACUAAAAUGGUCGUGAUGCAGUUUGAGCAUGUGGGUAUAUAUUUGCAUAAAAAGUAUAGUAUGUUAUCGAAGAUAUGGAUUGUAAGAAAAGAACACUCUUUUGGGCUGCCCCUCUGGCGGAUUGAUUUACGCCUCAUUGACGCUUUAUCAGGCACACGAAAAAAGUCUGACCAAUCAUUCGCUGGGAGCUCACAGCACAGCAGCCAAGCUGUAUUUUGUUGGCUGGAAAGUUAAAAAGGGUAGUGUACAAAUCUACAUCUGUCCUAUAUAUUUUCCCUUCAAUGAACCGUGUUUUGUAUGAUGUCUGAGAAUGUCCAUUUCUGGAGCUCUGAGCAAUUAUUAUGUCGAUUCUAUUAUAAGUCACGAAAGCGAAGAUGUCGCCUCAGCCAAGUUCUCCGCUGGACCUUAUGUAGGUUCGAGGCAGCCGGGACACAGCGAACAUCUAGAGUUUCCUUCGUGCAGUUUUCAGCCUAAAUCUCCAGUUUUCAGCGCAUCUUGGAAUCCUUUUAAUCCACAUUCGUCUCCAGGGUUGUCUACUAUUUACCAUCCUUACUUCCCGUCUCAGAGUACCCCGACUUCGGACAAUAGGUACCUACGUACUUGGCUCGAUUCAGUCCCAAGGACAGACCCUUUGCCUCUGCAGGGACAGGUGAAAGUUGAGCCGUUGGCUGGACAUGUUACGGAGAGCCAGAAAAGUGGAGCGCAAGAUUACAAUUUGGAGCCCUCAUCUGAAAGGGAGAUUAAUUCCAAUCAAGGCCUCAGCUUCGAAGACAAUAAUGAAAUUUGUGAAGUUAGGCGGGACAAAGACAUGCCAGAUCAAAGCAACCCAUCCGCCAAUUGGUUGCAUGCCCGUUCUUCUCGGAAGAAAAGAUGCCCGUACACCAAGUACCAAACACUGGAAUUGGAAAAGGAAUUUUUAUUCAAUAUGUACCUGACUAGAGACCGAAGACACGAAGUGGCCCGACUACUGAACUUGACAGAAAGACAAGUGAAAAUAUGGUUUCAAAACAGGCGAAUGAAAUUGAAAAAAAUGAAGAAGGAGCAACCAAAUGAAUAAAAAAAAAAACACUUUUCAACAUUCUUCUAUUAUUUAAAUGACAGUGAUUCCAAUUCCAUGUCACUCACCCUUAUUGUAUAUCUGUCCAUAGGUGCAUUUCCUUCAUAGUGGUGUUUGAAAACCUUGUACAGUUUCUAAAUAAAUGUUCUUUAUGUCUUUAUGGGUUGUUACGUUAGAACACUCCUGUUUUAGAGUCAAUUAUGUUCCUCAGGUUUGUUAAGGUUUUCACCAUAUGAAAAAUAUUUUGACUAUAUUAAUUAAACAGGAAUAUCCGCAACAAGAAUGUUUUUAACCUCACA